GCUGUAAAGAAGCACGUUGCUGUUUACUGUUUAUACAGAGUUUCUGGAGGGUUGCUGACAACUGACAACUUUAAACAGAAAGAAAACAUGUCUUCUCCUCCCAAAGAGAAAAUGGACAUCAAAGCCGGUCACCUUCCUGCUGUAAAGGCUGGUGGGAUGAGGAUAGUGCAGAAACAUCCUCACUCACCUCAUGUAGAAACUAAGGAGGACAAAGAUGAAGAAAACUGGGAAAGUGGCACAGUGCAACCUAAACCAACAUUGAUUAUUUCGGGAGCUGUUGCAAGGGGUGACAAGGAUUUCCCCCCAGUGGCAGCUCAAGUAGCUCAUCAAAAACCUCAUCCAUCGGUGGAAAAAUUGACUUCUGCUCACCAUGUGAACCACCACAUCCAUCAGCCUCGCAAAUGAAGGGUGGAAUAUAAAUAGAUGUGCAAUUGCGCUAACCAUUUGCCAAAAAAUAAAGAAUUAAAUCCUGAUCCAUAUCAUGGUCUGCCGCAACAGUUUAGCACUUAUUUAGUAACGAGUGCUUUGUUAGCUGCUUGAUAACUUCAUAUGAUUUCUUAAAAUCCUUGUGAUUUUCCAGCUGUAUUUUUAAAAUCCGGUACAAAUUGUUCAUGAUAAAAAAGUAGAUUUUGUAUUAUGCAUUUCAAUAAUUUUUACCCUGACUCCUGUGAAGGUUAGUUUCAAACAUAUGAUUCCUGGGUGCAUUGAAUUUGGGGUGAUCUAAUAAUAGUGUGGUCCAGUUUUGUCAGGUAGCAUUUAAUCAUUUUUAUUACAUAACCUCCAAAUUGGUUAUUCUCUCAGGAAUUUCAGUGUAAUUAAGUAAUGUAAUUUUAACACUUUCAUUAUCAAACAAAUAACACCAGAAAUUAAAUUUAAUAUGGUUACAUUGUUAGUCUACAAAGGAUUGGUAUGUGGAACUCAUGCAAAACUUUAUAGUGCUGCAUAUUUGUUUCUUCACGCUUUUCCAGAAAAAAAGUGAAAGCUCAUUUGAAAUGGUAUGUAAUAUUUUCCCUCAAAGUUUGGGAAUAGUAAUAGAAUCAUUAAUAGAUCAAUUUUUUAUUUUUUUUACAGUUAAGUGAUUCUGCAUACAUUUCUAUAUUUUUUAAACUAACAGUACUAUGAGCCGUUCUUGAUAUUGACCAUAGGCUGACUCCCAUAGUUAAUGUUACAUCAACUUUAAUGAACACUAAUGUUUUUUCCCAUUUAAUUCACAGUGAAAGAGAGAGAGAGAUAUCUGUUGAUAUGAGGAUCAUUUCUGAGUUUAUUUGAAAGUUAAACCAACAACUAAUGUCAUUACAUUAGCCAAAAAAAAGAAAUUGUUGUUUUUUAUAGUUAACAGUUAAAGAGCUUCAUUAAUAAAAGGAGCAAAACUUGCUACAUGUCUAAUCAGCUAGUGGCAUUUGUGUUUUAAAGCAAAUAUAUUAUUAGUUGCUAUGGGUUACCACUCAGGGCAAACUUAUUGAGGGUCUUCUGAUCUGGACUGUUGACCGCUUAUCCAUUUGAUCGAUGCUCAUAAUCAGCAGGCGUUUAAGAAAUUGCUUUGUAUAAUUAUAAAUAUAUGGCCUCAGUGAUAGCCAUAUAAUUUUUUUACUGUUAACUAUGUAUAAAAUGAUUGCUGAGCAAAAAAAAAAA